CUAGGUAAGGUGCUUAUAUUGAAAUCCUGCGGAACGGAAGGCUUUAAAAAUGCAAAGAAAGGAACUAAUAUCGCUGCUCAAACAACUGCUAUAGAAAUAAGUCAGGAGGCGCUUCGGUUAGGUAUUGAAACAGCAAAAUUAAGAGUUCAAGGAAUCGGACCUGGCAGAUUGGCUGCGAUAAAAGGCCUUCAACUAGGUGGCACAAAAAUUAUUUCAAUUACGGACAAUACUCAUGUAUCAUGGAAUCCACCUCGACCAAGAAAACGUAGACGUAUUUAAUUUUAUGUUAGUGAUAUAUUAUAAGAUAAAUGUUAAUUGUAUAUUGUCAUCAUUCAAU